UUCCAUUAAGAGACCUAGGGUUCUCUCUCUCUCUCCUCUCUCCUCUCCCCCGAUCUAUACCCAUUUUCGUCGUCGUUCAUCCCCAAAGCCCGCUCCUUACCCUAAAGGAUCAGUGACCGAGAGAGAGAGAGAGAGAUUCGCGCGUGGGGGGGGGUGUGUUUCCGAGAGAUGUUGAAUGUCAGGUUCAUUGAUGAAUCUGUUGUCUCUCUGUUUCAAGCCGUUCGGGCAAACCUUCGAUAGCUCAGAGUCCGGAUCGGGCGGUGGCGGCGGCGGCGAAGGGAAAGACGGGCUGCUCUGGUUCCGCGAUCUCGGCAAGUACCGCGGCGGAGAAUUCUCCAUGGCCGUGAUUCAGGCGAAUCAGGUCCUCGAGGAUCAGAGCCAGAUCGAGUCUGGUAACUUCGGGACUUUCGUCGGUGUCUACGACGGUCACGGCGGCCCCGAAGCUGCUCGCUACGUCUGUGACAAUCUCUUCAACCGUUUUCGAGAGAUAUCAGCGGAGACGCAAGGGGUUGUUACGAGGGAGACUAUUGAGAGAGCCUUUCACGCGACAGAAGAGGGUUUUGCUUCUAUUGUCUCUGAGCUCUGGAGUACGAUGCCUAAUUUGGCUACAGUUGGGACUUGUUGUUUGGUUGGAGUGAUUUAUCAGAGUACUCUCUUCGUGGCGAGUCUCGGAGAUUCACGCGUUGUUCUCGGGAAGAAAAGUAACUGUGGUGGGCUCUCUGCGAUCCAGCUGUCGAGUGAGCACAAUGCUAACAAUGAGGAUAUCCGUUGGGAGCUCAAGGACUUGCAUCCUGAUGAUCCGCAGAUUGUUGUGUUUCGGCAUGGUGUUUGGAGAGUUAAGGGCAUCAUCCAGGUUUCGAGAUCUAUAGGAGAUAUGUACAUGAAACGGCCGGAGUUUAACAGGGAACCGAUCGCUCAGAAGUUCAGGAUUGCAGAGCCAAUGAAGAGACCUUUGAUGUCUGCAACCCCCACCAUACUCUCUCAUCCUCUGCACCCUAACGACUCGUUCCUCAUCUUUGCGUCUGAUGGUCUUUGGGAGCAUUUGAGUAAUGAAAAAGCAGUUGAGAUUGUUCAUAGCCACCCUCGCGCUGGAAGCGCUAAGAGACUGAUAAAAGCGGCUCUUCAAGAGGCAGCGAGGAAAAGAGAGAUGAGAUAUUCAGAUCUAAGGAAGAUUGACAAGAAAGUGAGACGCCAUUUUCAUGAUGACAUCACGGUUAUAGUAGUGUUCUUGAACCAUGACCUCAUCGCGAGAGGGCACAUGAACACGACUCAAGACUCGGCACUCUCGGUCCGGAGUGCUCUUGAACACUGAAAAACAUAAUUUACGAAAAACAUUUUACAAAUGUUUUAUUUUCAUCUUCUUACUUGGUUAUAUGAUCACUUCUGCCUAGAAGGUAAUAAAAAACACUGGGCAACAAUCAAAAUAUGGAAACGGCAUGGUGCGUAAUGAGUUGUGUUGUAUUAAGCGGUUAUGUUUGACUCUGGUUUACUUUCAAGUCUGCAUAGUUCUCUUCUGA